ACAGUUCCCACACUGCAGAGUAUACCGCUGUACAUCACUAUACAUAUUAUUCACCAGAGUGACUGACUCUGUACGGAUAUACCACACCUGGUAAAUUCACCACUUGGGAAGAAGUCCCUUUGCUUGAUCGAUUCUACGCCAUGGAAAAUGAAACCGGAGGCAUCGGCCAUCCUCACGACGUGCGCGACGAGAGGGUCCAAGACUACAUUAACAGGCUUCUCUCAGGUACGGGAGUUUGUCUAGAGAGGUUUGCCAACACUAGAGACAGGGACUAUUUAGGCGCGGCUAUUUGCUGGACAAGCUACCUUGGAAUCCUCGCCCAUCGAGGCGGGAUAGUUCCCCUUGAUGUGUUACUCGAUGCUGCCUCAGACAUGUCAGCUAUCUGGGAAGAACACAAAGACGACCACGACUACGACCAUAACGCGGCCAUCGACAUGUACCGCCGUAUCUUGGAGCUCGGCUGUGAGAAUAGCCCUCUUUUUGCUGAAUCGCUGGGAUCCCUCGCCGGCCAUCUCUUCGACAAGUACAACAAGUACCGCGAGAGAGCAGACAUUGACGAGGCGGUGCUAUUACAGAGACAGGCCGUGGACCUCAGCGCUGCCGAUCCGGAACUGCUCCCCCGAGCUCUUUCCAAUCUUGCGACCUUUCUGUGUGCUCGAUGGGAGAUGGACCCGGAUUCCAAUGGCCUCGACAUAGAAGACGCUAUAGCAGCAUCCCAAAAAGCCAUGUCUGCAGUGCCGCCUGAUGACCCAGACCGGAUUCUAAUCAUAUGCAAAUUAGCACACCUGCUGGAGGAACGUUACGACCACAAGCAUGAAAGCAGCGAUCUGCAUCGCGGAAUUGCGCUGGCAAGAGAAGCCUUGGAACUGGAUCCGCCUGAUCCAGGGGUAAAAGCGAUGGUUCUAAACUCGCUGAGCGAUAAGCUCCAGACUCGUUACGAGAGGUCACACCUUCGCCGUGACUUGGACGAGGCUAUUGAGCAUGGCGAAGAGGCACUCCGACUCAACCCAAAGGGCCAUCCUAGUCGUGUGGUGGAUCUGGACAGCUUGGGAAACAAGUAUUCGUUGCGCUUCGAGGCCUUUAGAAAACCCGAGGAUUUGCAAGCAUCGCUCUCUCUUAUCCGCGAGGGACUGGAAAUCACUGAGGAGAACUGCGAAGGACUAAACAACCUGGCCACGGCUUUGUGGACGUCAUACCUGUCCACGCACGACGUGGGAGACCUUCAGGAAUUUAUAGAGACUUUGCGUAAGGCACUCGCAGCGGCAAACACGGCAAAUACACACUCGACUUGUCUUAAGAAUCUUGGAUUUGGUCUUCGGCUUCGAUUUGAGAAACUCGGCGACAUCAAAGACCUGGAAGAAUCGGCUCAGCUUCUUCUCGAAUCGUGGAGUUAUCCGGGAAGCACUGUAUUUACCAGGGUCGAGGCUGCUGCGGUCUUGUUGAAGAUCCUGCCGUCUCUCAAGCGACUUGGUGAGGCCGCCGACGUUGCUGAACAUGUCGUCGGCCUCUUGCCAACGGUAGACAGCAACUCGUUGUCGGCUGACGACCUCCAGCACUUCAUGUCCACUUUCAUGGACAUUGCAAGCGGGACUUGCGCCGUUCUUCUUGAAUGUGGCCUUUUGGAAUCCGCCAUCUGCAGCCUUGAGAAGAGUAGAGCUGUUGCGCUAGGCCACGAAAUGGACCAGCGAAACAGCCUACGUAGGCUGAGGGAAGACCACGAGAGCUUGGGGUUGCAGUUAGAGAGGCUGCUGAUGCAAGUCAACAGCGCCUCUCCUGGUCAGGUGCCGGAUUUUCACCACUCGCAGGCGUUCCAACAGCGUCGCUCGGCCUAUCAUGAACUGCGAGAAUGCAUCGACGAGAUCCGCGCGCUUCCCGGCUAUGGCGACUUCUUUGCCAGCCAUACCAUUGCAGAUAUGCGAGACAACGCGGAGGGUGGCAGCAUAGUGUUUGUGAAUGUUGCCGAGCUGCGCAGCGAUGCGAUCAUUGUCACCACAUCAGCAGUGAAAGUUGUCCGCCUUCCCCAGUUGCUGUCGGACGACGCCACACAGUGGAGGGACAAGACGAUGACGGAAGCGAGAGGCAUACCGGCAGUUCGGAGACGAAACGAAUUAAUGCUCGGAUACCUCUCCUGGCUGUGGUCCGCCUGUGUUCGUGACAUCCUGGCCGACGAUCUUGUCAGAGCACAGGCUACGGGAGGUUAUCCUCCACGCGUCUGGUGGAUUGGCUGUGGCCUAGCAGCAUCUAUGCCAUUUCACGCGGCCGGGAUUCACGGAGACUCGUCGGAGAACGCUUAUCAGCUCUCGAUCUCGUCCUAUAUACCAUCAGUCAAAGCACUUGCCUACGCUCGGAAACAACCGAGUGACGCUUGCAGCCACCACGACAGUAUCUUGGUCGCUACCAUGGAAACUACGCCGUAUGAGAAGCCCCUUCGAGAACCGAUCAACGAGAAAAACGCGCUUCUUCGCGCGACACGGGGCGUCAUCCCGUUCCGCCAUAUUGCCCAGCCCUCCUCUCUCGAGGUGAUGGAAGGUCUCCAAGACUGCACCAUUGCUCACUUUGCGUGCCAUGCAGGAAGUCAUCCUGUCGACCCCCGAAGCAGCUGCUUGAUCUUCCAGGGCCUCGACGAGUCAGGCACGCCGCAGCAGGAUCGUCUCACCGUCAGUGCUAUUCGGAGUUUGCAGCUGAGAAAAGCCCGGAUCGCCUUCCUAUCGGCUUGUCAGACCAGUGAGAACAAGGCCAGGGAGCUAGCAGAUGAAGUUACUCACCUAGCUACAGCUUUCCAGGUCGCGGGAUUCCCCCAUGUCAUAGGGUGUUUGUGGUCAGUACGGGACGAUGCAUCAAAAGAAGUCGCCGAAGGUUUCUACGGCACCAUACUGCAGGAGACUAAUAGUCUUCGCCUUGGCGGACCGAGGAUUGCUCUCGCGUUGAGAGACAGCGUCAUGGCGCUGCGUGAGCUUGAACCCGAGUCGCCAUUACAUUGGGCUCCGUUUAUUCACCUAGGCCCGUGAAAGCCUCGCCAUCCUGUUAGGGUUUGCAACGCUAAAAGAACCUGACAAGAGGGCUAACUAAGCCCUAGACACCUAUUGGAAGAAUUGGCCUAGUCUGAGGGCACUGCGAUUGAAAAGGAGUGGUCUGGGUUAUUGGGAUAUGAUAGUCAGUGGGGGAUUUUACGUCUUUCUGGAUUUACGGUAGGAAAUCUUGACUUCAACAGUCAAGAAGCGACGAGCUAGCACGAAUCUUUCCCUGGAUACAGCCCAAUCAGCCUUCGUCUAAUAUUCCUAUUCUGCGCUUCCGGUCACUGAUUUUCUAUCUUGCUGGUUGGCGGACAUCUUGCCUACCUUGCUUUUUUAUCUAGUUCUCUAACUCUCCUAAUCCGCAGACUUUGCGGAUUACCUGCUGCCUUGGUGAUACUAUAGAUACCGCUUUUUACAAGCCAGAAAUGCGAAC